GUGUGCUGACGGCGGCAGUUCUUGUUUGGCGGUAAAAGCGAAUGCACGUUCGCGUAAGGAUAUAUGCGCUGUUUCGAAUCGGAUGGCAUAAAAAAGGUUGGCGGAAAUAAAUAUGUGGAAAUGUGAAAAAUGUGUACUGAAACUACGCAUGAUUUUUGAUUGGAGGCGAUUUUAAUUUAGUAAAGGAAUUAAAAAUUUCUUUCAAAAAUAUGUUCAGCAGUGUUAAUAAAAAAUAAUGAAUAACAAAUUAAUGCUUUAUGCAUUAUAGAUUGCGAGUUCGGCGAAAGGAGCUUCUUUUUCAAUUACGUUUAUGAAGAAGGAAGCCAAUGAAAACAGAAUUGUGUGCUGUCGUUAAAAAGUGAAAACAGUAAAGAAACCUUUAAUAAUAAAUAUUACAUAUGUGUCUAAAUAUACUAAAAAUAUGAGACGAGAGAUGUAUUGUCUAUAAGAAGUCCCCUCAAUAUUAAUUAUGUAUCACAAAAUCAAGUGAUUAAAUAUUAAAAAGUGACCUAAAUAGUUUUUCGAAAAAUCUGGUAACAUCUAUAUGCGAUUGUUCCAAGAUUGAUCAUGAUCCUAAGUCAGUUCAAUAACUGCAGGACUCUGUAUACGCAGGUGGAUGGAAUAUCAUUAUAAAAUAUAAAAAAUCUUACAAAUAACUUUAUAAAAUCAUUAAGAAUCAUAAAAGGAGCACACUAAAAUGGCACACUUUACUUGUUGUAUUGCGGAUAUCUCAACUCAAGGUGUAUCCGAGUCAAAAGUGCUAUGUAUGGUGUUGCAAUGAAAUUUUGAGGAUUAAGCAUAUUAUGGCAUGAAGAACGCUGUAGUCGUAUGUGGAACUAGCAAAGGCAAUAUAAAAUGAAAUUCACACUAGAGGCACGCAUUUUUUUACUUAGCGUCAGUUUAUUGGAUGGUUUAGCCGGCCUGCGUCUGGUGAAAGUCUCAAUACCAGCCUUUAAAUUUCGCGGCGAGUCCGCGAUGCUCGAAUGCCAAUAUGAGUUGAAUCGCACUGGCGGGCCGCCAUAUUACGGUGGGGUCGGCAGCAAUAGCGGAAGUGAAGUUAUAGUCAGUGGCGCUGGUAAUCGACAUCGCAGCUAUGCACGAACGCGCACACGCACCAACACACGCAACCGUUAUGGCGGCAACAUGCAUUUUUUCGAUGCACAUCAUUUUGUGGCCACGAGGCCGAAAUUUAGGCGACACAAACGUCAAUAUUCCUACCAAACGGAGCGACUGCAAAUGCAUCAACAACAGCAAGAGCACCAGCAGCAGCAACAACAACAACAGCAACAUUACCCAUCUUAUUCAUAUCAGCCAUCACAAAGUUACAGCAGCAGCAGUAGCACUAGCAGUGGCAGCAGCGACAUGAAUGGCGCUGGCAGUUAUUAUCAGCAGCAACAACAACAACAACAACAAAAGGAAGAGGACGAGCAACAGCACUACCCAUAUCAGACGCAACGCUCUCCCUACGGGCACAGCGUUUAUCGCGGCGCUGCCUUCAGUCAAGCGUUGGGCAUACCGGGCUUCAGUAAUAGCGGCGUCAGCAGUAGCAGCAGCAGCAGCGCCGCGCAUGUUGGCGCCAGUACCUUCACUAGCGGGGCACGCGGUGCGACGGCGGAGGGCUCAUCGACGCGCUACAAAUUCGCCAACGGCAUUGACGAUGACGAGGAGGAGGACGACGAAGAGGAGGAGGAUGAUGACGUGGCGGAGGACGAUGAGGACGAGGACGGCGAGGCGUUGUACGCCAUAAAAUGGUACAAGGAUAACGAGGAGUUCUAUCGCUUUGUGCCGAAGGCGCGCCCGCAGAAGACGAGUUAUCGCUUUGAUGGCAUACGUGUUAGUGAGGAGCACUCAGACAGUUGGCGUGUCUUUUUGCGCGGCUUGACACUCAACUCAUCCGGCUUGUACCGUUGCGAGAUCUCAGCUGAGGCGCCCAACUUUUCCUCGGUUCAGGGUGAGGGCCGCAUGGACAUUGUAUUUUUGCCACGCGACGGUCCACAUAUUCGAGGCCAACAUAAUCAGUAUCAAAUUGGUGACACCUUAGCUUUGAACUGCACUUCGGGAAAGUCACAUCCGGCAUCACGACUGCAAUGGUUAAUCAAUGAUCAACCGGUGGUUGACGAUGGCUAUCUGAUAGCCUACAAUGACACCGUGCACAAACAUGGCCUCAUAACGUCAAUGCUCGGCCUUGAGUUGACAGUUGAUGGACGUCACUUCCAGGACGGCGAGAUGCGCGUCAAAUGCUUGGCCAGCAUAUCGCCGGUGUUGUGGAGCGGUGACAAGGAGAGUGUGCUGCAGCGACGCCGUGGCAUUAUUGACAAUCGAGAGGCAAUGCUCUUAGUGCGUGGCGCCGCCGCUCGGCUACAUCCGUUGGGAAAUUUUCUCUGCAGUUUGCGUCUGCUGACCGCCGUCGCCAUACUAACAAUAACAUGUCAAUUACUAUUGAGCACCGAACAAGCAUGAAUUACAACAAAUGAUACACACCCACAAACAAACACGGAUACAUACCUGCAACAACAACCCCACACAUACAUAGAAAGAAGCAUGCACAAUAAAGGAAGUCAAUAAAAUUACCACAAAAUACGAGUAGUUAACUAAAGGCAAACUAAUCUUAAGAUAGUGCAAAAUUCAUAAAAGUGUGUAAGAAAAUGUGUUGUAUAAGCUGUAUGCAUGCCGGAGAGUAUUAAAUAUAAUAAUAUUAAAGCGAUGACUUUGUAGUCGUGCUGGGCGUAUACGCAACAUUCAACUAACUAGUAGCUAACUUACUUGCAUACGACUAAAUUACUGUUAAGGUUUGUGAAGUAAAUGAAAUACUCUCUAUGCUAACACAAAUUGAUUUGUUCAGUAGUAAUUGCAUGAGAUGAAGAUUUGGUUGUUGAAAAUAUUGUAAAUAUACUUAUAUCACAGAUAUACAUACAUAUAUAUAUAUACUAUUUAAAUCCAUAAAAGCAUAAUGUGUAAGCAUUCAAUACAAUCCUUAUGUAUAUUAGAGCCAAGUGGAGCUUUAAAAUGAAAUCAAAUGAAAUGUAAGUAAGCCAUUUUUCAGAGCUUCUUCGGUAUUUCAUUUAAAUGACAUCUAACUUAGCGUGAACUAGUUGGAAUAUUAUAGGGUUAACUACAGAACUUCUCAUCUUGUUGCUGUAAUUUAAAUGAAAUGUAUUUCGAUUUCCUUAGUAAAAUAAUUAUUCAUUAAAAUUUCCGGCUCUAUCGGUGAAAAAUAUUUAUUUUUAAAUAUUUAUAUAAAAGAGGUAUGUUCAAAAAAUAACGGGAAUUUUCGUUUUUGAAAAAAUAUUUAUUCGUCUACAUUAAUUUUGUCAGCUUCCAAAGAGUCCCUAUUCGAUAGCCAGUGCUUUUUCCAAUAAUUGAAAUAUUUCUCAAACUCGAUUUGUGGCAUAUCCUUUAGCUCUUUCAGUGUUCUUGUAUGCUUAUAUAACGAGAAUCCUUUCAGGUUCUCUUUAUUUUUGGAAAUAGAGAAAAAAAUCACGCGGAGCUAUGCCUAUCGAAUAUGGAGGCUGUGUCAUUUUUAGAGUGUUGUUUUUGACCAAGAAUUCACACAGAAGCAACGAAGUGUGAGCUUUGACUAAAUCGGAAAAUCACCAAGCUCUUAGAAAUACGCCUAACUUUAGUGGCUGCCACAGACAAAGUAAGCAAUAAAUACAGCUCAAAAUUUGAUCGUUCUUCAAAAUCAUGUAAAUCAACAUAAUUUUUUUUUUUGAUAAUUGGAUUUUCGAGCAAUUUGAAAAAAUCCUGUUAUUUUUUGAACACACCACGUAUUUACUAUUUUUGGAAUUCUUUCUUAAAUUAUAAACGAUUUCGGUCUACAGUGCCUCUGGUUUUUCUAGCAUCCCUUGGAACCAACACUCACUUCUAUGUCCCUCAUUAUUCAACUACAAGCAUUUUCCUACCCGCCACUGUUUUGCCUCGAUUAAAACCACUCAAACGUUAUUUAAAAAUAUUUCACAAAUGGAAAUUAUUGAAUGCCAGCGGCUGUAAAUAUUUGUAAAUGUGAUUAAAAUAAAAUUAAAAUAUGAAAUUAUCAUGUUGGUAGUAAAGGGCAAAAAUUAAUGUAAGUUAAUAUAAUAUGAUUGCUGUCUGCAAAUAAUACCGAAAAUAAUUAUGUACAAACCAGUACGAUGGAACAUAGUAUACAACAUUAAAUAAUAGCAACAACCACAAAAAGCAGCAAGACAGCAGAGCAGAAAAUUAAAUUGACCAACUGCUUAAACACACACACACACACAGAUAUAUAUAUAUAGUAUAUGUAUUCAUAUAUGCAGUCAUGCGCUGCUGCGGUCCACAUAAUUACAAUUACAUUAAAAUGAAAUUAUUUUUGCCUAAAUAGGGAAUUAUGUAGACAUUUUACUAAAAUAAAUAUUAUUAAGUGCAUUUACUAUUUAUUUAUCUUUUUCUAAUUACGUGCAAAUCUCCUUAGUAACGCAUUA